UUCUCAUUCUCCUCAACUCUUUCUUCCAUUCAUUCAUCUUCUACUGCUACUCUUUUGUUGCAUCCCAACACCACCAUCACCACCACUUCAUCUCUUUCUUUCACUUCUACACCUCCCAUGGAUACAUAACCUUCAACCUACUCAUUUCAUCAAGAAUUGAAGGGAAUAUAUAUAAAAUGCAUACUUCUUCCAGUAAUCUUAAGAGAGAAUUUCUGAAGAAAUGGGUAAGGGGUCUUCAAAUAUGCUGUUCUUCAAAGAAGGAAAUGGAUCUCCAAGAGAGAAAGAAGAAGAUAAAGCUUUGUGCAGACAUUGCUUUAGCUUCUGCCAAAAAUGCCACAACUUCUUGGAGCAAUGCUCUAAUUUCCGAGGCUAAGAAAGAUGGCGAAAACGCAAUUCUUGUGGACAAUUUGGUAGGACCCGAAUCAUAUUUCGAGCCAACAAAAACUGCGCAUCGAACGACUGGUAAUUGCCACAGGAGGGUUAGAAGCAAGAAGAUCUUGAAAAAGAGUUGUAAUGUUGGCCAAAGAUUCAAGAAGAAAAUGGGUCCUCCUAGAUUCGAUUUAGCUACUUAUGUAGCGAAAAGAUUGGUGAAAAAAAGAACCCAAGUGCUCAAAAGACUUGUUCCUGGUGGAGAAGCCAUGGAUGAAUUCUCCCUCAUCAAAGAAGCUUUAGACUACAUCCUUUCUCUUAGGGUUCAAGUCGAUGUGAUGAGAAGUUUCGCGAAUGCAACCGAGCUUUUGAAUCAAAGUCAUGUUUCAUCCAUAGUUGAUUAAUCAAUAUAAAUAUAGCUUCAUUUGGAUAUAUAUAUGAUGAUCACAAAAACAGCUUUAGGAUCAUAUUACUAGAAUUAAUUCUUGAAAACAAGUCAUGUACAGAUCGAUCUUGCCACUUCUUGCUGUCAAAAACCGCGACCACGGAUGUUGCAACUUCAAAAAACAAGCUGUUUUUCAACUCGAAUCCGUAAUUUCUGGAUCAGAAUUUCAAGAAUUUAGUAUGAA